CCAGCUGGAGAUUGUCGUUCUGUAGUUGGAGACGCAGAAACAGCCAUCCACAAUGGCGCCGGAAAAGAAGAACGAGUUUCUUGACGCGGCGGAUAGCGAAGACGACAGCGAUGCCGGCUACGGUUCAGAUGAUGACAUGAGAAAGGGCGGCCGCAGCGCCAAGCGGAGGAGGAUCGACUACGACGACGAUGACGACCUGGCCAGCGACCUCGACAACGAUGCGAGCGAUGGCGAAGAGGGCGUGCAAGAGGCCGAGACCGAGGAUGCUGCGAAGGACGAGAACGAAUCUGAAAAGGAGAAGCACAGAAAGUCCAAGAGCAAGUCGAAAGACACCAGCUCAUCCGACCUGCCUGAUGUCACACGACCAUUGACGAAGAAGAACCUGGUUGCCUCAGAAGCCGCCAUCAAAAAGUCUGGAGUCGUCUACCUCUCGAGAAUUCCGCCAUUUAUGAAACCACAGAAACUGCGCAACCUUCUGGAGCCAUACGGCACCAUCAAUCGCAUCUUCCUGGCGCCCGAAGACCCAACAGCCCACGCCCGUCGCGUACGUGGUGGCGGCAACAAGAAGAAGACAUAUACGGAGGGCUGGGUCGAAUUUGUCAAGAAGAAGGAAGCUAAGGCGGUGUGCGAGAUGUUAAAUGCCCGGACUAUUGGAGGAAAGAAGGGCAGCUACUACCGCGACGACCUGUGGAAUCUGCUGUACCUGAAUGGGUUCAAGUGGCACAACCUCACAGAGCAGAUUGCGGCGGAGAAUGCGGAGCGAACCAGCCGCAUGCGGGCCGAAAUCAGCAAGACAACGAGAGAAAACAAGGAGUUUGUCAAGAACGUGGAGAGGGCUAAGAUGCUUGACGGGAUGCAAGCCAAGGCGAAGAAGAGGAAGAUCGACGACGGAGAGGAGGAAGCAGUGCGGCAGCCUUCGCGGUCCUUCCAGCAGGUCCCGUUGGCCAAAAAGAAGACGGAGGUGGUAGAUCAGCCGGCUGAUGUGUCGCGAGUGCUGAGCAAGAUAUUUUAGCACGGCCUAUCCUAUUCCCCAGGCCCAGAUAAGUCGUUCUACGUUAUGUACUUGACCGCUGCAAAUUGUUUCGAGUACUCAGCAUCGAGAUAAUAGUCUACACAAGAGUCGCGCCGUCACAGGCGACGGCCCCUUUGGACUUCCACCUGACUAGCUACCUCCAGUUGAAAAGAAUCAUUGCCACAAGUGACUCCUGUCAAAUAUCACACCUAAGUUACGCUCACACGUGUCGAGAGUAUGUUACUUAACACCGUGUAAGAAAAUAGUGAAGAGUUUGAGCAAAUCAUCAUAAUUGUGGCAUCCAUCGG